AUGGGGAUGAUGGGUACCUGUUUCGCCUCGGGAAAGCUCGAUCUGUGGCUACGCGUGGUGAGCCCCAGGCCCAGCAUCUCCGACACGACGGAGAAGUUCUCCGAGCACGUGACAACAACGAGGAAGACGGUUCCCGGCAACAAGCUCGCCGGAGGUUUGAGAAGAUUUGGGAUGGUGCGGCGCUGCCGACGGAAGGUCGUCCGGAUCUACUUCACCGAUGUGGAUGCUACGGAUUCGUCCUCGAGCGACGAGGAAACCGGCGGUCUCGCCCGGCGCCGGGUUAAACGGCACGUGCACGAGGUAGGGAUCGAGGUCGCCGCACCGGCUCGCCGGGUACCUCGGCCGAAGCGGCCGGCGAGGAAGCCGCUGGCGGAAGACCGGAAGAGGUUCCGCGGCGUCCGGCGGCGGCCGUGGGGACGCUGGGCUGCGGAGAUCCGCGACCCGACUCGGCGGAAGCGGGUGUGGCUCGGGACCUUCGACACAGCUGAGGAAGCGGCCGCCGUGUACGACAGCGCGGCCGUCAUGUUAAAAGGAGCCAACGCCGUCACCAACUUCCCCACAGAACCGGCCGUCACCGUCACCAGCGACUCGUCCGGCAAGAGCGAAGAUUCCCCCCUCCCCCUCCCCCUCCCCUCCCCGACGUCCGUCCUCCGUUACGGCGGGGAGCAGACGCCGUUCGACUUCCUUGAGUACGGCGACGUUGACGCCUUCGGCUUCCGCGUGGACUCGCCGUUAUGUUUGACGGACGGCUACUUUCCCAAUUGCCACCGUUGGGAAGCGGACGAGUUCGGCGAGUUCAACGCCGAGGAUUUCUCCCUGGAAGUCGUUACCUUCUAGUAAUUCCAACCGCAAUGACGAAAACACCCUCAACCUGUUCGGCUGCCAGCCCAUAUAUUUUGUGUGCAGUAUCGUCUUUUUGUCCCCAUCUAGUAGUGAUCUUCGCGAGUGUCGAGCGUGUAACGGCGAGUGUUUGUUAUUAAAGUGAAGUGGCGGGAGUUUCCUGGCUAUUUAUUUAUUAUUUUGUUUUAGUAUGGAAAUGAUUAAAUUAUGACAAA